AUGGCUUUCAACAAAUUAGCACCUGCAGUAGGGUUCAUCGUAGCACUGACGGCGUUCCGCCUCACCGGCGUUGGAGCUUCUGUGCCACCAGGCAACUGCACGAGGGAAUGCGGUGGGCUGGAGAUCCCUUACCCAUUUGGCAUCGACCUCGAGGAUGGCUGCCAACUUUCUGACCGCCGGCAAGGCUUCAAGCUCCGCUGCCUAGACAGGGGCGGCCGUGGCAAGAGGCUACAUUACAUCAACCAGGAGGUGCUGGAGAUCUCGCUGGAGCAUGGCCAGGUCCGGUGGCUGAACAACAUCUCCUCCUACUGCUACAACGCCACCGCCGGGGAGAUGGAGGUCAACAGCCCGCCGUCGAACAUGGACCUGGAGGGCUCCAUCUUCCGGCUCUCCGACACCGCCAACAAGUUCACCGUGCUCGGCUGCAAGACGCUCGCCUACAUCGGCGACACGGACAACGUCACGUCGUACACGGCCGUGUGCGGGGCCACAUGCAAGGACGGCAACCUCUCGCUGCUGACCAACGGUUCCUGCGAGGGGAUCGGCUGCUGCCGGACGGCGAUACCGAGGGGGCUGGAGAACUACCGGGUGUGGUUCGACGGGAGCUUCAGCACCGGCCGCUGUAGCUACGCGGCGCUGGUGGAGGCGUCCAACUUCACCUUCUCCUCCGCCUACCUUUCCUCGUCGGCGUUCGUCGACGCCUACGGCGGGCAGGCGCCGCUGGUGGUGGACUGGGCUAUUGGAACGCUGCAAGGGGAGACUUGCGAGUCAGCACGCGCCAAGCCGGAGUCCUAUCCGUGCGUCGGCAACGACAGCGUGUGCAUCGACUCGCCUAUUGGACGAGGCUACUUCUGCAGAUGCAAGAAAGGGUACCAAGGAAAUCCUUACCUUCCAUACGGAUGCAAAGAUGUCGAUGAGUGCCUUGACCCAAAAAAUUGUGAAGGGACGUGCCACAAUAUCAUUGGAGACUUCAUCUGUUGUCCUCCGAGAACAAAAUAUGAUCCCAAAAAAAUGCAGUGCACCUCUACCAAAAAGAAAACUCUCGUCAUAGGUACCUACCUUUCAAUUAUUAUGGGGUAUAUGAAAACAACAAUAAGCUUAUUGGCAUAUGGUUUUACAUAG